GACGAUAUUGGAACUGAUCCUUUAUCAACAAACAUAACCACAAACACAACCACAACCAUUGAAGUACCGAUAUAUAUAAGAAAGCCGUGUGGAUUCACUAAAUACUGUGUAAAACACGAAGAGUGUGGAAGUCGUACUGGAAAAAUAAUCAUUGAAUUAGAUAGACCCGAAAACUACCUGUGCCAUUAUUUGGAAACUUGCUGCGAAGAAAGCGAAAUAAAAAAAUCCCCAUCUCCACGUGAAGUCAAUUCAGCAAAUAAUCAGUGCGGGAUUACCAAUGUGGAAGGCCUUUAUAUGACUGUGAAAAGCAGUGGCAACGAGACUAGCUUUGCGGAGUAUCCCUUCGUGGUAGCCAUUCUGGACUCGGCAUCGAAUCCCAUAUGCAACGGUGUCCUGAUAAGUCACACGGUGGUUCUGUCGGCAGCUUCCUGUUUUCCUCCAAAUGAGACCAUGAUAGUGAGGGCUGGCGACUGGGACCUUCUAACGGACAACGAGAUAGUCCCGCACGAAGAUCGCUUAGUCAAGAAAACCAUUGUGCAUAAAAAGUUUAUAUUGUCAGAUUUCCUAUACAAUUUAGCAUUGGCGAUCCUGGAGAGCGCCUUUCCGCGUACAAGGCACAUAGUUCCCGUUUGCAAAUACGAUGAUCUUGGCACCUCGAUACUUAACACUAGCUGCAUUGCCGUAGGAUGGAAUGUAUUUAAAUAUGCUAAAUUUCCGCCAGAAAGAAAUAUUGUUUUUAAGAUGGACGUAGACACCACAAAGACUUCUAAAAGUGAUUGGGAUGGAAGCAUCAAGUCAAGUGUCAGCCUCUCCAGGCGCUAUAAUUUUAUGGGAUCACCUCUUAUCUGUCCCAACGAGAGGAACCAAUACUUUGUAGUGGGAAUAUGGAGCUACAUGACCGGCGAGAAAAACCAACCCGUUUUUGCUAACGUUACAAAGAAUCGUGAAUGGAUUAAUGAGCACCUAAUGCGUGACGGGGAAUUUUAAAAUUAAAAUCCUUAAUCCAAUUCUAUUUCGAACAACAUGAAUAAUAUUUGAGGAAUAAAACAAAGGAUGUUGGCUCCUUGCGUUGCACACCUUUA